UAUAUUUUGUGAGGGAAGCUAGAGAGUAUCCCCAAAGAGUGCCAAGUACACUAAUAAAAGAAAAAUAGAGUGCCAAGCACACUAAUAGAGAAAAAUAGAGUGCCAAGUACACUAAUUAGAAAAUAUAUAUAGAGUGCCAAAUACUGGAUUUCAACUACCAAAGUCUCCAUAACAGAAAUUCCCUCCACAUUGACAUCUCUCUUCUUGCAAAACAAGCGGAAACUCUCUAUAAACCCAUUAUCUCUUUCUCUCUCUCUGUCAAUCUGUGUUGAAAAAUGGCUGAAGGACCUCCAGGACAUGGAAACAGAGCACAAGAAGUGAACCCUGAAGAUCUUGAAGCUUCCAUGCCUGUAAGAGAUCCUUCAAAUGUUGUUUCUCAGCCUCCUCCUCCACUUCAAGAACAGCCCAAAUCUGCUGUUGAACUGAACAAGACUCCCCAAGAACAAGCCAUUGAUGAAACAAAAGAACCAGAAAAGGAAGAUAAGGUAGAAGAAGAGGAUUUCAUCCCUUAUUCUGAUGAUGAUUACUAUUAUCCUGAUGAAGAUGAAGAAGAAGAAGAGGAGGAGGAAGACGAAGACCAACCACAACAAGAAGAGGGAAAAGGAGGAGGGGGAGUAGAAGGAGGCAAUUCUUCUGAUGAGAAAGGCAAGCAACUUUAUUCAACUGACUCAUUUACAUUCAAUCCAACCGCGUUUGAGAUGAUUAAACGUCCUUACAAGGACAUUGAAGAAUCGAGUAAUCCACCAGAAAGUGCGAAAAAGAUGAAGGAAGAGUGCUCUGCUAGUGAUGAAAAAGACCCUUUUCUUGAGGGGUUAAUGAUUGAUGUAAAUGGUGAGAUUGCAUUCUUGAACAACCUCAUUGAGUAUCACUCAAGAAAUAUGGUAUACCCAUUUGAGGAUUUCCUUGCUUUGGAUGAUUACAUCAAGGAAUGGCUUAAAGUUGAUGUUCCAAAAGAUAAAUUGAUGGAGAAAAUUACUUGGCUGAAGAGGAAGUACAUGGAGGAAGCUGGAAAGAUUACUGCUUUCAGACCCCGAGAGGAAGAGGCGAUUGAAUUGUGCAAGAAAAUAUGGGGUACUUCUGAUGAAAGAGCAGCAGGAGGUGAUUCUCCAAUCAUCAAUCUGACAUCCCUGAUUAAAAAUCAGUCUGAGGGCAAUUUUGAUUUCGAUGAGGGCGGUACGGUGAAGGUGAAAAGAAUGAAGGAGAUGGGUGCAACCAGCGGGGACAAAGAUCCUGUGAUGAAGUUUCUCGAGAGGUUAGCAGGAGGUGAUGAUGUAAAUGCUGAUGUUUCAUUCUUGAACGAGCUUAUUGAAUACCAUUCGAACAAUCUGAUAUACCCAUUUGAGCACUUCAUUGCCUUGGACGAUUUCAUCAAGGACUGGCUUAAAGUUGAUGUUCCCAAAGACAAAAUGAGGGAGAUAAUUGAUGGGUUGAAGAGGAAGUAUGGGAAGGAAGUUGGCGAGAUGGGAAAGAUCACUGAUUUAGGACCGCAACAGCGGAAGGCAAUCGAGCUGGUUAAGAAAAUAUGGCCCGAUGAGAUCGGAACUCAGACAAAGGAAGACGAAGAUAUUAAGGAGAGUCCAAAAGAUGGAUCGGAGCAUGAUUCAUCUUAGGAGCCAUCCUUAAAUACUUCAAUGAAGCAUUGCAAUUUGCAGGUGAUUUGAUGUAAGUC